AUGGAAUUUGUAAAACAUUUCAUUCUGUUGAAUUCUGUUUCAUCCACGAGCUGUCUUCUGCCGAAUCAAAACGAUGAGGAAUCGACAGAAAAACGAUGUGAAGUGAUUCUGAAAACGGUUUCAAAUAUUUUCUAUUAUCUUCGAAGUGAGGAAGGUCUCAGAAUGGAAAUCGAAAUCGUUAAGAAUGCGGUGAAAGGAAUCACUGGACUCUUCAAUGUGUCCUUGAAAAAACUAAAUAAAGACUUGCUAUCUAUGUGCUUGAAUUUUGUUGACAGCCUUUUAGUAGAUAUUCAUCAAACUAUCGAAAUAAAUAAGGUUGAUGAUCAGCACAGAAGAAGCAUUCUUAUCCAGUUGGUUGCAGAGCAGAAAUCACUCACAGUUCUAAUUCUUCGUCGCCUGUUACGCGAGAUAACGGUAAUUUCAGAUUUUUUGGAGGACUUGUUCAGCCCAGAUAAUGAGAACUUUUCACCACUCUUACACGCAGAAAACACGUAUUACGUAUUGCAGUCAACAGAGGGAGUUUUGAAAAUUUUGGAGCAACAAAACAGCACUUUGAAUGCUCUUAAAAUCCCAAAGUCUCUGCUGCUGGAGUGGGAGAAAACCACGGAAAGGUCUUUAUCUGCUCUAGGAGUACAUUUUCCGAUGUAUUGUAUUUAUGUGUGGAAUUUAAAAGUGAUUAUGAAGUCACUUUUUAAGAUUGAUGAAGAAGAAGAAUGA